UAGUACAAAGUAUUAUAAUUGUAUUAUAACCAACACAAUAUAAACCCCUCAACAAAUUCAAUCACAAAAAUCAUAACCCUUUGAAUUCAUCAAUACUCUUUCACCACCCACCACCACCAUCAUCAUCAUUAUCAUCAUCCACAUGGGUUUCAUAUGGUGGAUUUUAGGCAUAAUUCAUAUACUUCCACUAUUCAUCAUAGAUUCAAUCCCUUUAAUCCAUAGCCUAACUCCACAAUCACCAAUACAAUGCAACCAAACAAUCUGCACCUUAAAAAACUCGUAUGGAACAUGGAACGACCGCAAAACAUGUUAUGCACUCAAUGUGACAUACCCAACAACAGAACAACAACUUCGUUUAGCAGUUUCCUAUGUUGUUCAAAACAACCUUAAAGCAAAAAUUGUCACAAAAUUCUCACACACAAUCCCAACACUUUCAUGUCCACAACAAAAUAAAAACCAAGCCUUUUUUAUCAGCACAGAAAAAUAUGAUUCUGAGAUUCAAAUUGAUGCUACCAAUUUAACUGUAACCGUUGAUUCAGGUGUGAAACUUCGUCAAUUGAUUGAUGAAGUUGAGAAAAAUGGGUUUAGUUUAGUUUCUGCACCUUAUUGGGAAGGUGUUACAAUUGGAGGUGUAAUUAGCACUGGUGCACAUGGUAGUUCUUGGUGGGGUAAAGGUGGUGCUUUUCAUGAUUAUGUUUUAGGGAUUAAUAUUGUUGUUCCUGGUUCUAAAUCUGAAGGGUAUGCUAAGAUUUUGAAGUUGGAUAAACAUGAUCCUUUGUUUAAUGCUGCUAUAGUUUCUCUUGGAGUUUUGGGUGCUAUCUCUAAGGUAAAGUUAUCUAUUGAGCAUAGGUUCAAAAGAAGCAUAACCUUCAAUUUCACUGAUGAUAAUAAUAUUGAAAAUGAAUACAUAGAACAUGCAAAGAAGUAUGAGUUUGCAGACAUAACUUGGUAUCCAUCAAGACACACAGCCGUUUAUAGAUAUGACUUCAGGGUUCCCUUAGAUACCAGUGGUGAUGGAGUCUAUGAUUUCAUUGGAUUUCAAGCUAAUAACAUCUUAAUCUCUGAGUCAGUUAGAGGAGCAGAAAAAUUGUUGGAAAACUUAGGAAACACAAAUGGAAAAUGUUUAACAGCAUCAACAACAUUGGCAUUCAAGAAAUUAACAGCCAAUGGUUUGAAGAACAAUGGCCUAAUCUUCACUGGCUACCCUGUAAUUGGUUACCAAGGAAAAUUACAAACUUCAGGUUCAUGCUUAUAUUCAUCAAAAAUAGACACAUCAUGUGCUUGGGAUCCAAGAAUCAAAGGAUUGUUCUUCUAUGAAUCAACAGCAAUUUUCCCUGCAUCAAAAUUUGGAAACUUCAUUCAAGAUGUGAAAAAACUAAGAGAUAUAAAUCCACAAAAUUUUUGUGGUAUAGACAACUAUAAUGGAAUUAUGAUACGUUACAUUAAAGCCUCAGAAGCAUACCUAGGACAAUCAGAAGAUUCUAUAGUGAUUGAUUUCAAUUAUUAUAGAGCAAAUGACCAAUUUACCCCUAGAUUAAACCAAGAUGUGUGGGAGGAAUUGGAACAAAUUGCAUUUUUUAAGUAUGGUGCUAAGCCACAUUGGGCUAAGAAUAGGAACUUAGCAUUUAUAAAUGUGAAAAAUAAAUAUCCUAAGUUUAAUUUAUUUAUUGAUGCUAAAAAUAAAAUGGAUCCACAAAAUGUGUUUUCUGGUGAUUGGUCAGAUGAGAUUUUAUAUGGGAAGGAAUUGGUAAAAUUUGAUGGUUGUGCUUUGGAAGGACAAUGUAUUUGUUCUGAAGAUAGACAUUGUAGUCCACAAAAAGGGUAUUAUUGUAAUUAUGGUCUUGUCUACAAGGAUGCUAGGGUUUGUAGGAAAUUGUCAACCUUUGUGAACACUGAUUCACUCCAAUGAGGUAAUGAUGUAUUUGAUUUGUUUGAAGUAGUUGAAUCAAGAUUUGAUGAG